AUGUCGACAGUACGGUUUGCAUUUAGAAGAUUUUGGCAAAGUGAAACAGGUCCAAGAACUGUACAUUUUUGGGCCCCAACUUUAAAAUGGGGACUUGUUGUUGCAGGGCUCUCCGAUGCAAGGAGGCCAGUUGAAAAGGUUUCAGGUGCUCAAAAUCUUUCAUUAUUAGCUACUGCAGCUAUUUGGACUCGUUGGUCAUUUGUUAUUACUCCAAAAAAUAAUUUGUUGGCUGCUGUUAAUGCAUUUUUGGCAAUGACCGCAGGUUUCCAUCUUUUACGUAUUGCAGAUUUCAGAAUACGGUCUGGUGAUACUAUGACAGAAAUGUGUAAGUACAUCGUCAAUGGUACAGCUGAAAAAACAGUAAAUAAGACAAAUUAA